AUGGCUGGACAGGAGAGUUGUGCAGGUUUGGGCUCAACUCAGCAGGAUGCUUAUUACUGGUAUUGGCAAAGAGUGAAGCCAGACUUCCCGUCCUGCCAGCCUCACCCCUUUGGCAGCUGGUAUGAACAACAGCAGAGCGGUUAUCCUCCUGGCUACAGCUCUGGCUGCGGGGCGGGUAGAAAUGGACCCAACCUUUAUUCUGUGUGUGAGACCUCUGUUUACCCGGCUGAGACUUCGCUUCCACCCAAGGAAACCACACCUCUCGCUGAAAACCAAGAUGAAGAUUCACUCGAAGAUCCAAAUCUCCACUUGAAUAUUGAGGAACUCAACAAAGAGUUUAUGGUGAAAAGUGAAGAGCUCUACCAAUCUCUCCUGAAUUGCCACUGGCAGCCUCUCGAUACAGUGCACUCAGAAAUCCCAGACAAGACCCCCCAAGAGCAAGAUGCUUAUUAA